UAAGGAGGGCAGAGGCCAGUUCCUCAUUUCCACUUGCAUCAAGUUUGCCUGCACUCAGCCCAGGAAGGAUCAUUGUUACAGAUGUGGAACCUGUUCUUCCAAACCCUCACCUGGCAGCUGGCUUUGUGGUUCUGCUGACUCUCGUUAGAACCCACCUGGACAAUGUCACCUUCAGAGGCAGAUCGCCCCACAGAUUCCACACUCUGCUCUUCCUCACUAAAGAUGCAACAAUCUGCCUGUAAUUAUCCUCUGAAAAAGGACAAAGAUACAUCAGAGAAAGAGUGGCACUUGGGUGAGGGAACUGAGCAACUGCAGUAUCGUCCAGAGAACAGCAACUCUGACAGCGUCGCUUGGAAGCAUCCAGCCACAAAGCCUCUUGGCUGCAUGGGGAAGACAGAGUUAUCCCAGCCAGAGGUAGACUCCCAAAGUCUUGGGGCCUCUCCUCUGAGCCCCCUGAGGAGCUUGUCAAAGAGUCACUGUGAGAACCAAGGGAAUCUUCUCCAAUUUGACCGGCAAGCCCCGGGCCGAAUUUCCACCUCUCCCACUUUGAGGAGAUUAAGGGGCAGUAGCUGUGGGACAUUCCACUCCCUGCCUCAGCAAGAGACCUUGGAAGGGCCCACCUGGGGAAGCUGGAAGGAGCCUGCAGGCUCCCCGUGUUACCUUUUCAAGAAUCUACCUGGAAGUCCAAAUGAUUCUUCGCAUUCUAUGUUGUCCUCGGGACUCCACUCAAAAUUGCCUCUGGACCCCAAAAGGGCCCUCAAGGCAGCUGACACAUUCAAGCCCCAAACAGGGCCCACAGAUGAGGAUGUCUUUCCCAUGUUUCAGCCUAUCGAAGAGGAGUCCCUUCCCCAGACCUCUCUUCCAGAGAGAGGAGGCCACUCUCUGCCUGCUUCCACCAUACGGCUCCCUAGGCCUCAGAGAGAAGAAUUACAUCGAUCCAGGUUCUAUGAGCGUAGACGGAGUUCUGUGGUGCUCAACUUACCUGGACUUGAGGUGUUCCCUGGGGACCUCCUGGUGUCAGAUGGAGCUGCUGAUUACCUGUGCCAUCCACUUCUGCUGUUGAAUUCAGAAUCCAAAAAGCCAAGAUGGCCUUUCUCCAAGAGAGGAGUGCAGGGCAAAGACAAACACAAGCAUAUAUCUGAUCUGGAAAACUGCCUUUCCUCUGUGAAGAUUACAGACUUCAGAGACUAUGAGUUCCACAGCCUUAAGGAUAAGACCUGGAAUGAAGUCGUGGAAACACAUCAAAAACUUCCCGUUGAUCAAUUAGACUUAAGAAAGCAGCAAGAGGCCGUGUGGGAACUUUUCACAAGUGAAUGCACUUAUUUCUUGGACCAUUUGUUAGUUCUUAAGAUGAUCUUCAUGAAUACACUAAAAUAUCUACAAACUCAUGAAUAUCUCCUGGAUGUGGAUUUAUGGAGACUUUUUGCAAACCUGGAGGAGUUAAGUCAGACAAGCUUUGGUUUUGUGACCAGUCUUUUUGCCAUCAUCAAGGAGUAUGUCGAUGCUUCUGAGACUUCACCGUCCAUGGACUUCAUUUCCGUACUCACGAAGUAUUUCCGAGGGAGCCUCUGUCAGAGCCACCAGAUCUACUGCCUGAAUUAUUCAGCUGCUGUCUUUUAUCUUGAGAGCCUGAGGCAGAGAAAUGACUUUGGAAUUUAUUUAAAAUGGUGUGAGCAAAAUGAACAGUGCAGACGCCUUCACCUGCCUGAGCUGCUAGUGGCCCCACUACACAGGCUGACUCGAUACCCCUUGUUGCUGAAGAAUAUCUGGAAAAGGAGUACAGACUCUACUGAGAAAAUCAUGAUCUACUCCAUCAAGGAAAAGGUGGAAAAGUCGAUCCGGGAUCUUGAAGGAAAAGUGAAGUGGCUUGACAAUUUCCAAAAAUUUAGACACCUACAGGAGAUUAUAGUGUGGCCUCCGCUUUGGGAUAGAGAUAAAAGGUUUUUCAUUCCAGAGUGCCUGAAACACAUUUUUAAAGAACACAUGGCAGAAAGCAUCCUGUCACCGACCAACAGACACCUUCUCUAUGAGGGAAAAUUAACUCUUGCAGGUUAACAACAGAGUCCAGGACCAAGCCAGGCUGCCUCAGUUUAUGGAAUGGCACCAGCUUCUUUGGAAGGCAAACAGGGGGACCCAGACAGGAAAUUGCCAACAAGUGAUAGGCUUAAAAGUUGAAGAAGGAGUUAUUAGAAGCAAUGGACAAAAUGGAUUUAGAGGAGGAGACCAAAGCAGAGACCUGCCCGGAAGCUCCACAGUGAAGCCAGGUGAGACAAGAAGAGCUGAGCCUGUGUUUCUCAACCAUUCUUAACCUACAGACCACCACCCUCCCACUUUCGUUUGGAAAAAUAGCAAUUUUAAAUUUUCUUUGAUGUUAUUCACAAUUUCAAAAAUAAUUAUAUGUUGUGGCAAUGCCAAAUCAAAGUAAUAAAGCAAAACACGGCUCUUCAUUCAAACAUGUCUUUCCUGCCAAAACUGGCUUCCACGUGGAAUUAUGAGAUUUUUAUUUACUUCUUCUUUCUAUCUAUGAACUUUCCAACACUGUGAGAUGCGCUGGCCUAUCCUAAAAUGUUAGAAAUGGGCAUAGAUAGAAAAGGAUGAAUGUGAGAGAUAUCUCAAAAUAGGAGGAUUUUAUACUUGACAAAAUGGUUAAAAAAAAAAAUAGAUCGACACCUUUGAGUGUUCUAAUCUAUGUGUCUGAAAGAUUGGUCAAUCACACAGAAGGUGAUAGAGUAAGUGGGUCAGGAAGUCAGUCUUAGGUUUCAGGUGUGGGCAUGGUGAGAAGCCGUGUGCAAGUUGGAUGAACAUGACAAUGACCAUCUCUCGGUGAAAAGCCAUGUCAGGGGUUUAUUCACAGGUCACAUGGCAGUGGGGUGCUUGUCAUGGAAGCGUACAUGAGGAGACCGGCCUAAGAAGGAGUCUAAUUUUUCAGAAAAAGUUUCCUGUAGAGUUAAAUGUGGUAGAAUGUGGAUGAGCUACACAAAUGUCACUAACACAAGGCAUUUGUUUAAUGGCAUUUGCUGUGUUCAUCAAGUCCCAUCAGAGAAGAGGCACCAUUUAGUUAUAUCAAGUCAAAUUUAAAGUCAUUGGGACUUUGACUCAGUUGGCAUGGAGAUGCUGUGGGGGUGGGGAUAACAGUGUUAGAAGAAACAGGACAUCAUUUUAAAUGGAAAAACACUGGACCAAGAAUCAGGGAAUCUAGCUCCAAUUGCAGACUUUGGGAAAAUUUUUUAAUUUCCCUUCAUCUCUUCUGUAAAUAUUAUUGAUGGUGGUGAUGAUGAUGAUGAUGACAAUGAUGAUGAUACCUAACAUUUGUAUAUUUUGUUUCAACAUUUUUUCUAGCUUUAAAAACUGCACUGUUAUAAACAAAUAAGUAUAUUUUCUCAUUCCCAGAAAGUACAAAUUUUCAUAACUUUUGGAGCAUGACCAACUUCCCACUGGAAUUCAUUCCAGCAUAUCUUUCACACAUGUGUUGCUCCCCACAGAUUAGUAUUUCUAAUUAGAAAAAUGAGUAAGGUGCAGACAAAUAUGAUGGUCCAACAGCUGUAACACCUAAAGAACACGUAUUGUUCAAGUUACUGCAGAACUAGAAUAAGUCAGCAAUUUCGCUCUGCUCUUUAACAGUGCAAUGAAAAUCCCACAGUCUAGAUUCCAUGAGAAAAAAAUACCUAGUCAAGAUAGAACUGCACAAAUCUGUAAGUCUCAUAUCUGGUUCUGUAACAGUUAGCUAAGCAGAAUUUCAGACUCGCAAGGUUCAUUGGUUAAGUCUAAUAAAAUUAUUUGAUUAAAGUUUUUCACUGGGCUAAUAAUAGCUUCAAAUUUCUGGGAUAAUAAAUGUGAAGAGUCUGACUUUACGCUUACAAUCUCCCUCCUUAGUCAUCCUCUUUCAUAUCUACUUUUUAGCACUAUCA